AUUGUUCAGAAGGAAGUAUUAAAGUCUGUGUACCGGCUAAGUGUCAACAUGCCUGUGUUUAAUGGCUCUUCCAAUAGAAACCUGGAGAUGAACUUCUCAGAAAAGAAGUUGAAGUCUCUUCCUUUAAAUCUGGUUCAGGGAGGCCAGGAUGUGGGCAAGGUAGACCUACAGAAGAACAGACUGAAGGAAGUUACUGGCAUCUCUUGCUUGUCAAACCUGACAGAGCUCAAUCUGUGCCGGAAUGAAUUCACUGAGUUUCCUAAAGAGAUUAGCGAGCUACAGCAGUUGGUCAAACUGUACAUGAAUCAGAACAAUAUCAAGUGCAUACCUGAGAACAUAUUCCCAUCUUUGAAGAAACUGAAGUUUCUAAAGAUGAGCACAAACAAGCUUAGCCAAUUACCAUCAGACAUGAACAAAUGUGAAAACCUCAUCUAUCUAAACCUGUCCAACAACUGUCUGAGGGAUGUGGAGCCUCUGGUGGGUCUUGGUCAAUUAAAGGAGCUCUACGUGGAGAAGAACCGGCUGACAGAACUUCCACGUGCCCUCUUUCAGUCUCAGAUCUUGGAAAAAUUCAAAGCAAACGGCAACCCACUGAGACAGCCUCCUGAAGCAAUUUGUGUAGGUGGUUUGAAGGACAUUCAAAGCUACUUUGAGAUGUUAGAAGAAAGUUCUUUCACGAUCCGUACCAUUAAAACAAUGUUCCUGGGGUCCUCCAUGGCUGGGAAAUCCACUGUGUGUCGCAGUCUGAGGCAUGGUAACCCUGUAAAGGUUGCUGAAGAUGAUCGCACUGUGGGUAUCGAAAUCCAAGAAGUCUUCGAUGCAGGCGUUCGCUUCCUUUUUUGGGACUUUGCGGGACAAGAGGAAUACUACUACACUCACCACGUCUUCAUAACGCCCCAGGCGUUCGUCAUUCUUGCUAUUGAUAUUUCCAAGUAUGAUGCUGAGUCUUUCAGAGAGAAAGUGGGCUUUUGGAUCAACAAUAUACAGCUUAAGGUCCCAAAUGCAGUUGUCUUGUUAUUGGGUACUCAUGUUGACUGCUGCUCUGAUGAUAAGGAGGUGCAUGACAAGAAGAAAGACAUUGAGGAUCGGGUGAACCAGAUGCUGUUAGACCGAAAAGAUAGCUUAGAACUGCAAAAAAAGAACCUUGAAGAAUUAGAGGACCCUUCACUGGUCUCUGAACAGAUGAGUGAUAUUGUGCGACUUGAAGAAUACAAACUGCAGGUCCUUGAUCUUAUAGCCAUUGACUGCAGAAAACCUGAGGACAUUAAUAGGUUACGAAAAUAUAUCAACAGUGUGGUCUUGGAUGAAGACAAAUUUCCUUUCAUGGAACAAACACUACCACAAUGCUAUCAGGAUGUGGAAAACGCUAUUCAGGACCAUUUGAUCAGAGACAACUUUCCGCAACAUGGAAUAGUAAGUCAAGGGGACAUCCUGGCCCACCUGAACACUAGCCAUGAACUGAACCUUGAUAAGCUGAGGGGUAUUCUUCAAUACCUGCACAGAACCGGGGUUAUUAUGUGGUACACAGACAUUCCAGAUUUGCAAGACAUGGUGUUUGUUAAACCAUCAUUCCUUAUUUCAUUGUUCAAGGCCAUUGUUAGACAUGAUUUAGACAGGAUGCUGAAAGAGAUUUCCAGGGGAGAGCUGAAGAGGGAGAACUCUCUUGAGAAGCACAGAGACAGAUGGAUUGAAGACUUUACAAGCAGAGCUACUCUGAGCAAUGUGGCCAUAAGAAUCUUGGUGUCUGCAGAACUCGAGCGGUCAGGUGUUGAUGACAAAGAGCUGAUUGAGGACAUAGUUGGGACCAAGAAGAAAGCCGGGAAUCUUAUCAGGCUGCUGCAGCACUUUGAUGUUUGUCUACCAAGUAAAGAAAGUGUUCAACUCAGCCCAACAGCCCCAGAGUUUUGUCCAAACAAAAAAUGGGAGCCAUCAAGCCAUGAUGUGUAUGCACCAAAUGGAGCCUGUCUAUUCCCGAGUUUCCUUCAGGAAAACAAUCUGGACGUAAUGCAGAAGUGGGGAGAGGACAACCUGGAAGACAUCACUGUCCAAGUUUACUUCCUCCCUGAGAUACCCCAUGGAUUCUUCCAUAGGCUGGCUAUUAGGAUAUGUUCGAUUUACUCAACCUACUGGAUUGGGAAAGAGCAGUGUCUUUUCACCAGCGGAAACAGACGUCUCCUGCUCAGAGAGAAAACUGGUACCGGGGAUGAUUUAAUUGAGAUCCGGGGAAAACACAGUGAUAUGUCCACCUCAGCCGAUAUCCAAAAGGCAUGGGACAUGAUAAAGGUGAUGAUGAUGCGGCUGGCUCACCUCACACAGCAGUGGAAAGGCCUGUGCCAGUUCGUACACACUCCAUGUAAACAGAAAGGCUGCACAGCUUACUUCGAGUGGGCAGACUGGCAAGACUGGAUUGAGCCUAACACAUGUGAAAAAUAUAACAUGGAUCCAGAGGAUAAAAUGACUUGUUCUAACUCGCACAGUCGCAGAACUGAGUUGCUCUUUCCUAUUAGAAGUUGUGUGGGACUGAAGAACUGACGUCUGAGACAUGGCACCUUCUUCGAACCCAACAGCUGUCACACUCUUCUGGGCAAAAUAUAAUAACAAUACAACGAAAACAAUCUUAUUACACACACACACACACACACACACACACACACACACACACACACACACACAUAGGAUUCAUGAGAAUGUUAGUAGAGGGAAAUAAAUGUAACUUAUGUACUGUAGUUGUUCGUCUGGAGGAAUGUAGAAUGUCCAGUUGAGGGUGCUGUUUACUUUAUUCAAGUCUGUGGUCUUCAUGUUAACAUUCCUUCAUAUGGAAGUAUGUCUACUUAAUUUAUUUAAUA